UCAUUCUGUAACCAUGGAAGAUAAACUGUAACCAUGCAGAUCAACAAAUUUAACUAUAAACACAAUACAAUAGGAAGUUGCAUAAAGGUAGUAAAACAAAGGAAAAGAGUCACCAUGGAUGAAGUCAAGCUGGCCUGUGCAAGCUCAGAUGGAUGUGGAGCACAGGAGGUCAGGACUCAGAUGGACACCGUCUCAGAUAUCCGUGACCAAAUUGUACAGCUGCUUUACACCAGACUUAGCAACAACUCAGUCAAGGUAAUGCAGGAAGAGUUGCAGCUCAUGCAGAGAAGCUCAUACUACUUGGAAAUCCAGCGCAAUGAUUUGGUACCAACUGGAGACCAGCAGGAGCACAUAUCACAGUUGUCUGACGGCACAGUAUGGUCUCUCAUUGACCAGCAAAAGCUACAGAGUGCUGUGACCAUGGCGAACACACAGGUGAAGCUCCUCCUCACUCUUCUGGGACUGCUUUACCAAGAGAUCAUCAGGGGCUGUCAGGACCUUCAGGACUUAAUUGUUAAGUAUGACCAGGGUCUAGUGGACAGUGACACAACAGCUACCAUGCAGCAGAAGCUCCAGCAAACCCACCAGUAUGUGAAUGACUUUAAGAGAACAAUGACUCAAAAUCUCUGCCCGCUAGACCUUCAGACUCAGCUAAUCCCCAACACAGGCAACUUCCCUGUACCACGGCUCAGUGCAUCACUGGCACUGAAAAUACCAGUGGUAUUUGACAGGUUUGAGUCAUAUGUGACAUCCAACUCUGUGUAUCUGUGUUGGGGAGUUAAAGGUGAGCAGUCUAAGGACCCAAACCAACAGUUUGAGAUCCAUGUAAAGAGCCUUCAUCCAAACAUGGAUGAACAUGGCCAGUUAUCUAAAUCUAUUUGUCAGUCAUACGACACACAGGUUACCAACCUCAUCUCUGACAGGUACUAUCAGUUCUCUGUCAAGAGAGUAGAUACUGUCAACUUGGUCUAUGGAAUGUGGAUUGAUACCAUCAUCCUGAAGACCUUGGAUAAGUGAGAGCAAAAUGACCUUUUUGAAUAUGGGAGUGAGGAGAAAUCACUGCCUGUGUAUAUUUACAAAGAAAUAUAUUUGACCUACUUUAUUGCAAAUAAAAGAACUUCUAGGAUUCCUUGGCCUGGGAACUAU